AUGGUUUGCCUCGGUUUGAAGACGAGUGAACUAUCAGGUGACACCGUUAGUUCUAUUCCUGGAAAUAAGGUCGCAAUCAAAACGAGUGGGAAGCAAUUGUCUAACAAGACGAGCGCCAAAUCGAAACAGUGUACAGAAGGAGAAUAUCAGUUGAUAAAGAAUGAGGUGCUCGUCUCUCCCUAUCGCAACCAAUAUGAAGUGCUCGAAUUUCUUGGGAAAGGAACAUUUGGACAAGUUGUAAAAGCUUGGAAAAAAGGGACGAAUGAAAUUGUAGCGAUAAAAAUUUUGAAAAAGCACCCAUCUUAUGCUCGUCAAGGACAAAUUGAAGUUUCAAUAUUAUCUCGACUGAGCAACGAAAAUGCAGAAGAGUUUAACUUUGUGCGAGCUUUUGAAUGCUUUCAACAUAAAAAUCACACAUGCCUUGUAUUCGAAAUGUUGGAACAAAAUCUUUAUGAUUUUCUUAAACAAAAUAAAUUUACUCCAUUGCCACUUUCAAGUAUUCGACCAGUUGUUCAGCAAGUACUCACAGCUCUUAUGAAAUUGAAGCAUUUGGGUCUCAUACAUGCUGAUCUUAAACCUGAAAAUAUAAUGCUUGUUGAUCCUACAAAUCAGCCUUUUCGUGUAAAGGUUAUCGAUUUCGGUUCUGCAUCACAUAGAAGCAAGGCAGUUACUAAUACAUAUUUGCAAUCACGUUACUAUCGUGCUCCGGAGAUAAUUCUUGGUUUGCCGUUUCGUGAAUCAAUUGAUAUGUGGUCUCUUGGAUGUGUUAUCGCUGAACUUUUUCUGGGUUGGCCUCUAUAUCCUGGGAGUAGUGAAUACGAUCAAAUCCGUUACAUUAUUCAUGAUAAUGGAGUUGCACCAUACUGGCGUCUGAAAAGUACCGAAGAACAUGAAAACGAAUCAUCAAGCAAAUCGAAAGAAACACGAAAAUAUGUUUUCAAUUGUUUGGAAGAUAUUUCACAGGUAAACAUUCCUACGGAUCUUGAUGCAAUGGACAUGGUUUGCGAACGUAUUGAUCGGCAAGAAUUUGUGGAUAUUUUGAAAAGAAUGUUAUGCAUGGAUCAGGAGAAACGCAUAAAUCCUUUCGAAGGUCUCCAUCAUCCAUUUAUAACUAUGAAUCAUUUGAUCGAAUAUGGUCGAACUAAAUAUUUCCAAGUUUCUGCUCAGCGUAUGGAAGUUUGUGUGCGUGGUAAUUCUGUCACUCAUCAGGCAUCUUCUACAGUUACAGCCGCUGCUCCAGCACCAAUAAUUGCUGCCGCUCAAUCGGGACCGAAUGUACAACAAAUCCCACAAUUGCAAACCGAUUUCAGUCAUUUACUUAAUCAGUACGGCGUGGCAGCAGCAGCAGCAGCUGUAGCGAAUUCGCAAAAUGGCAAUCCAUCUUAUAUUUACCAGCCUUUGGCCGCUGUUUUACCAUAUGGUACCCGUCAGACUCAGUUUGUUGGUUUCGCGGGGCCUCAUGCAGCUGCACCACUUCUACCGCAGUUGGUUCCAGUUUCAAUAGUAGAUCCGCAAGUAUUGGCAGCUGCAUCAGCAUUGCCUCAGGCUCCUGCUUGGUCUUCGGCAGCUCCAGCUCCUUUAAUGUCUUGGCCCGUAGCCUGUGCAGCUGCUGCUGCUUGUGCAGCAGCACAGCAACCUUCCGCAGCUACAGCUCUUUUUCCAAGUGAAUUUCUUUUGCCUUCUCCUGCAGCCGUACAAGCUUUGGCUUCGUCGAGAAAUGCAGCUGCUGUAGCGGCAGCAGCAGCGCAACAUUUUUCCCAAAUUUUCCCUGCACAGACUACAAAAAACUAUAUGGAUUUAGCGCUCGGUCAACCGCCUCAGAUCGUAUUAUUUAUUAAAUCAUUAAGUCCAAGUUUUGCAGACAAGAUGACUGGUCCCAAACAUAUUUGCAGCCUUCAAGAAGGAUUGCCAACUCAGGCAGAAAUAAUUCCUCGUCCACUUCUGUCAACUUUAGGCCACGACCUGACUGGAAUCGAAAAUGGAAAUAUGGCAGUAUCUUCUAUCACCUCUUCACUGGGCAAUAAUAAUGCUGCUUCUGCUUCUGUACUCAUUCCAAGUUCAUCAAAUAUUUUACGUAAACCGAGUACGCGAUGUGCAGUAGUUCGUCCAAUGAUCGAUAUUAAACGUGAAACUGUUGACGAUAUCAAUGGCGCAAAUAAUAUUCGUCAUCUUUUGCCUAACUUGGAUCUUACCACAGCGUAG